CCGCGGAAACAGCCUCACACUGACCAGUCAAUCAUGGCAGCAGCAGCAGCAUCUCAAGCUUCCAGGCGGAUGCCACGCAUCACGAGCACUCAGAUCAGGCAGCUCAGGAGCGAGUACAUGCAGACAGCCUCGAGUUUCUCGAGCUACAACUUCAAGGAGUACUUUGUCAGACGAGCCGAGCACAAGUUUGACAACGAGCUGCCUAUGAUCCUGUCGGGCAAGGGCGGCGAUAUGCUAGCGGAUGACAUUCCCCAGGAGAAGAUGGAGACGGUGCUAGCGUGGUACCAGCGAGCGGAGAAGGAUCUUAAGCAACUCAAACGCUCGGCGAUCAUGAAUCAAAUGUACGAGGCACCCAAGCUCGUCGUCGAAGGUCUGGGGAGAAUGAAUGCGACAGGUGGAGGAGGAGAUGGCAUGGAAGCAGGUCAAGGAGGUGCUGGCCAGACCUCUUCGCCUCAGAUCGAUCUGCAGGGUCGAAAAAGCGACUAGACGAUCUCGCAGGACCACGAUGCUCAGAUGUUGUGUGUAGCAAGUCUAUGUUCUAUUCGACCUCGCAAGACAAUGUCGAGAAAGCGGUCUCGAAGUGUGCCGUCACGUUCAAGGCGAACAGACUGCGUCUGCAAUCCCGCGCAGAAUAUUGCGCAUUGUAAGGCCUGAAUUGAGGUAUGAUCCGGGAGGCUGCAACGACGCCUCUCACCUCAGUCAAUGCGACCCCCCCGUCGA